AUCCACUCUCUGACUGAGAUACUGACAGAUCUUGUGCUACCCUUCAUCUUGCUCCUGAAUACCCACAGCUGAGAUGUCCUGCCAGCAGAGCCAGCAGCAGUGUCAGGCCCCAGCCAAGUGCCCUCCCAAGUGCCAGACCCCAAAGUGCCCUCCAAAAUGCCCCCCUAAAUGCCCUCCCAAGUGCCCCCCUGUGUCUUCCUGCUGUAGCUUGGGUUCUGGGGGCUGCUGUGGCUCCAGCUCUGGGGGCUGCUGUAGCUCUGGUGGCUGCUGUAGCUCUGGUGGCUGCUGCAGUUCUGGGGGUGGAGGCUGCUGCCUGAGCCACCACAGACCCCGCAGAUCCCUCCGUCGCCAUCGCCACAGCUCUGGAUGCUGUAGCAGUGGUGGCAGCAGUGGCUGCUGUGGCAGCAGUGGUGGCAGCAGUGGCUGCUGUGGCAGUAGUGGUGGCAGUAGUGGCUGCUGUGGCAGCAGUGGUGGCAGUGGUGGCUGCUGUGGCAGUAGCCAGCAGUCUGGGGGCUGCUGCUGACCUGGGUGAGGAAGACUUCAGACAAAUAGUGCAGGAGGAGCACAUGCUCAGAAGAUUCUCCAUUGCCCAAUGUCCUCUCCUCCUGCUUCCCUCCUUGUUCUGCCCUCUGAUUUGCUGAAAUCUCCUGGGAAAUGUUCUGCAUUGUCCUCAUGAAACGACAAUGCCCAUUUGCCUCUUUGUUAUAAAUUAAAUAAAAAUCUUGACCACC